AUGGCUUCCAAAGGUGUAUACCACAUGGCUUUCAGAGGCCUGAAAACCAUCCCAAGAAUUUUACCCCGGACCAAGCUCCCUGCGCAGCUGCCCCAGUCUCAGCUUGCUUUCCGUCGUUUCUUUGCCUCGGUUCCCCAGGAGCAGCCACGCCUGCGUCUGGGCUCAAUCGCACCCAACUUUAAAGCGCUUACCACCACCGGUGAGAUCGACUUUCACGAGUUCAUUGGCAACAGCUGGACCAUUCUCUUUUCCCAUCCUGCCGACUUUACCCCGGUUUGCACCACAGAACUAGGUGCUUUUGCCAAAAUGAAGCAUGAGUUUGACAAGCGCGGCGUGAAGAUGAUCGGAUUGAGUGCCAACGAUAUCGGCUCCCACGGCGAGUGGAUUAAAGAUAUCAACGAAGUCGCCUCUACUAAUGUCCAGUUUCCCAUCAUCGCGGAUGCCGACCGUAAAGUUGCAUUUCUCUACGACAUGAUUGACCAACAAGACCUAGACAAUAUCGAUCAAAAGGGCAUUGCUUUCACAAUUCGCUCGGUCUUUAUUAUAGAUCCCAACAAGAAGAUUCGCUUGACGAUGAUGUACCCUGCCUCGACAGGUCGCAACUCGGCGGAAGUCCUCCGUGUGAUUGACUCGCUGCAGACCGGUGAUAAAAAGGGCGUCACCACUCCAAUCGACUGGCAGGUCGGUGACGACGUCAUCGUCCCGCCCUCCGUGUCGACCGAGGAUGCAAAGAAGAAAUUUGGCGAGGUCCGCGAGGUCAAGCCAUACUUGCGGUACACCAAAAUCUAG